AUGCUUCCUGCGCCACCUAUCUCUUCUCCUCUUCCCAACUUCCGCCUCCCCCCUGCUCAUCUCAUAGCCCUGUCUCCCCGCCGUGCCCCUCCCCCCUGCGCGCGCCAGUCUGUUUCUACCGGUGCUGCGCAACUGGGAGGGCACGUGGGCGCUGCCCCCGCUGCACGCGGUGGUCCACGACCUGCGCGCGCAGCGGGCAAGUCACCGGAUAAACUCAAGGCAGCGGCGUCGUUCCUCAUGAAGGUCUUCGGCGCCAUCGCUGGCAAGGGUCCUAAGAAGGUGGGGUCGCUCUAUGUGGCGUGUCAACUCUUCAAGAUCUACUUCAAGCUGGGGACGUUGAAUCUGAGCAAGAGCAUCAUCCGUGUGAUAGACUCCUCCAAGGGCUUCGAUGACUACCCGGCCAGAGACCAGGUGACCUAUAAGUACUACACAGGCCGUCUGGAUGUCUUCAACGAUGCCUUCCUGCUCGUAUGUGCCCGCACCUGUACCACGCCUCCAUUCAGCCGCUCUAGCACACCCCACCUCACCACGGUUCUCUCGCCACUUGCAUCCAUGCUUCCUCUGGCUCUGCCCAGGCACGCACUUGCUCUGCCAUUACCACCAUACCAUCCCCACCACCAUACCAUCCCCACCACCAUACCAUCCCCACCACCAUACCAUCCCCACCACCAUACCAUCCCCACCACCAUACCAUCCCCACCACCAUACCAUCCCCACCACCCAUGCCGUCCCAACUGCCCAUACAACCCCACCACCCGUGCCAUGUGCUUGCAGGCAGAUGAGAAGCUUGGCUUUGCCUUGAGGCGCUGCCAUCGCUCCAGACCAUCCAACAUACGGUCUGCACUUCGCUCUCCCCGCGUUUCUCCUCCCUUCAAUUUCCGUCUCUCGCGCAUUCUGCGGUAUCUCAUUCCCGUGCGCCUGUCGCUGGGCCACCUGCCCUCGCCUGAACUGCUCCGCAACCACCACCUGCAAGAGGUGCUCCCCUACCCGCCACCCCUCGCCCUCCGCGAUGUGCGGCUGCUGAGAGACACCCUCAGUGCCAAUGAGGACAGGUGCGUGCCCUGCCCUGCCACGCACUGCCACUCACCUCAUUCUCUCCUAUCGCCACUCCUCUCCCUCUCCUGGAGAUGCCCCUUCCCCGACCCACCCCACAAGCCACAUUCCCUGCUCUGCCAUGUCCCCUCGUUCCUCCCAUCUACCUUACUUACUCAUUCCACCCCCAGCCUCUCACCAAUUGGCACACCCUUCCCUUUCGUACCCGCAUAUGCCCCCCACCGCCUACCUCUUUCCAGGUUCCUACGGGCGGGAGUGUAUCUGCUGCUGGAGAAGCUAGAGCUGCAUGUGUACCGCCGCCUCAUCCGAAAAAUCCAUGUGCUACAGCGAGCCAAGGACCCAUCGCGAGCGCACCAGGUGCGGCUGGAGGUGGUGGUGCGGGCGCUGGCGGGGCGGGGCGAGGCGGUGGAUGUGGACGAGUUGGAGGGGCUGGUGGCGACGCUCAUAGCGCUGGGGUUCGUGAAGGGGUACCUGUCGCACAAGAGCAAGGUCGUUGUUCUCAGCAAGCAGGACCCCUUCCCCCGCCUCACUGGCCGCGUGCUGCUCUGA